AUGGCACCAGAAAUACGGAAGAACUUAUAUGUGGACAAUCUCUUCUUUGGUGCGCAGUCGUCUGAAGAGGCAAUUGCAAAAUACACCCAUACAAAGAAUCUCUUUCGUGAGCUCAAUAUGAACCUGAGAGAAUACCGAUCCAAUGACAGAUGCUUCAAUGAGACUAUUGAAGAGGCUGACAGGAUGAAGACCAGCUGUCCCAAGGUCCUAGGUAUUCCAUGGAAUUCAGAAACGGACAAAUUUGUCAUCAAAGGAUCCAUGGUACCGUCAAAGGAGAAAGUAACCAAACGUACCGUCACGCAGCAACUAGCGUCAGUAUAUGACCCUUUGGGAUUUCUAGUACCCCUCCUUCUACCUGCCAAGAUCUUCUUACAGUCUCUCUGGAAGGAAGAACUGGAAUGGGACACACCUCUCAGCACACCACUACAAGACCAAUGGCGUCAAAUAUCGAGCGAAAUAUCAACAUUUUACAAGGAGAUAAACAGACUAAUCAGGCAAAAAUCCACUGCACCACGCCUAGUGAUAUUCGCAGAUGCGAGCCAAUGCGCAAUGGCAGCAUGCGCAUAUAUCACUAUGGGCGAGGAAUCCAAUUUGAUAAUGGGUAAAUCAAAACUCCCAUCAAUAAAGACAACAAUGACAAUACCGAAGCUAGAAAUGAACGCAGUCACAUUAGCAGUACGAAUGUCGCGGUUCAUUUGUGAAGCCCUGGAACCUCUCUGCCAGGUCAAAGAAGUCAUCUACUACACAGAUUCGGAUAUUGUACUAGGAUGGAUCAAGACACCACCAAAUCGGCAGAGUGCGGGAAUCCUAGUAACAAAUCGAUUGGCAGAGAUAAGACGAAUAAACAAGGAUCUGGAGCAGAAGAAUAUAACUUGCCUUUUUGGACACGUCAACACACUCGAAAAUCCAGCCGAUUGUGGAUCAAGAGGACUCACAGCGGAAGCACUGCAGAACCAUCAGUGGUGGAGAGGACCACACUUCAUAUCCAAGCCAGAUUACACUCAACUCAACUCCAUAGCAGGCAGUGAAGACACAACAACGACGUCGAUAGAGACGAUUACGGCAGCAACGAAAAUAUCGAAAGAAGAAAUCAUAGACCUACAACGACACAGCUCGCUCGAAAAGGCUCAACGAAUACUAGUAUAUGUUCUACGGUUCAUAAAAAGAUCCCUCAGUCAACUUCCGGAGAAAAGAAAGGAAGAAAUUCAAAAAAGAAUACCAGCAUUGCAACACAGUUCAAGGAGGCAAACCAUCACAGGAAUGGAAAUGCAAGAAAGCAGGAUGUGUUUAAUUCGAGAUCAUCAAAAACAUUACGUCGACGAGCAUCAAAUGAAAUCACAAAAGGAACUAAACAUUCAAAAGGACGAACAAGGAGUACUACGAUGUUAUGGACGACUCAAGAAAGCAGACAUACCUUCCAACGCAAAAACACCGAUUUACAUAGCCCCAAGAACAACUUUGGCACAACUCAUUAUCAGGGAAAUCCACAGGCUGGAAAUCGAGUCCGCCACGCUUGUGAGCCGUAUUGCUACGGCAGCUGCGGGGCUGGUUCGUGCUGAUCCGUAG